UAGAACACUGGGGCAUAGGUCUCUAACAAGCAUACAUAAUGACUAAAAGCUAUCAAAUUGAGCAAAUAUCUGACUCUUCAACGACUACAGAUAUGUACCAGAAUUCUCCCAUUCAGAACGACAAUGAGAAACCCGUAGAUACAUUGGAGAAAAAGGAUGAGAAAGAGGAGAAAAAGAAAGAAAAAGCCGUCUCCAUCACUGAAUUGUACCGUUACGCGACUACAAACGAUAAAUUAAUACUCUUUUUAGGAGUAUUUUGUGGUCUUGGUUCAGGUGCCUUGCAACCUGUUAUGUUUCUUUUCUUUGGAGAAAUGACCAAUUCGUUUAUGAAUGUUGAACCCGUGAACGGUACAAUAAGUGACGAGAUGAGGGAACAACUAAUGGAGAAAUUAAUGAAGGAUAUGAAAAAAUUUUCUAUUUAUUACGUUGGUUUUGGAGCGGCUAGUUUUAUAUUGAGCUAUGCACAAUUUGCUUGUUUCCUGAGCGUUUCCUAUAGAAUUGCUUAUAAAAUUCGAGUUGCACUAUUUGGUAACAUAAUUCAUCAAGAAAUUUCAUGGUACGAUACAAACGAUACUGGAGAAUUGAACACAAGAUUAACAGACGAUGUUAAUAAAAUACAAGAAGGAAUUGGCGAUAAAGUUGGAAUGAUAUUUCAAAGUCUUGCAAUGUUUAUUGGAGGUUUCUCCAUCGGAUUUGCAAAAGGAUGGAAAUUAACGCUAGUUAUUUUAGCUAUAAGUCCAGUUUUAGCUAUAAUGGGUGGUAUUACCGCAAAGAUUAUGGGUCUUUUAACGAAAAAAGAGUUAGGGGCCUAUGCAAAAGCGGGCUCAGUUGCUGAGGAGGUUAUAAGUUCAAUAAGAACCGUAAUGGCUUUUAGCGGUCAAAAGAAGGAAAUAACAAGAUAUGAGAAAAACUUGGUGCAAGCUAAAGAUUUCGGUAUUCGAAAAGGGAUUAUUACUGGCAGUCUUAUGGGAUCAUUUAAUGUAAUCAUUUUUGGUAUGAUGGCUUUAGCUUUUUGGUUUGGAGGUAAAUUAGUUAGAGACGAUAAUUUCGAACCUGGAAACAUCCUUACCGUUUUCUUUGCGGUUGUCAUAGCAGCUUUUUCACUUGGAAUGCUGGGGCCCAAUAUUGAAGCUUUAACGACAGCGAGAGGAGCGGCUUAUGUUGUCUUUGAUCUAAUUGAUAGACAGUCAAAAAUUAAUAGUGAUUCUACUGUUGGGUCAAAGCCAAAAAUUUAUGGCAAUAUUGAAUUUCGAGAUGUAAAAUUUAAAUAUCCAUCGCGUCCUGAUGUUCAAGUCCUAAAUGGAAUUAAUAUUAAGGUUGAACCUGGUAAAACGUUAGCUUUUGUUGGUAGUAGUGGCUGUGGUAAAUCGACGACUGUGCAAUUAAUUCAACGUUUCUACGAUUGUGAAGAGGGGCAAAUUUUAAUUGAUGGCACAGAUAUAAAAGAAAUAAACGUUGAAUGGCUGAGAAAAAAUAUAGGUGUCGUUUCUCAAGAACCAAUUUUAUUUGAUUGCUCUAUUGAAGAAAAUAUACGAUUGGGAAGAGAUGACGUCACUGAAGAAGAAAUUAGAAAAGCUGCUAAAGAUGCAAAUGCCUAUGAUUUCAUUAAAAAACUUCCAAAGCAAUUUAAUACUUUAGUAGGAGAAAGAGGCGCUCAGUUAUCUGGCGGUCAGAAGCAGAGAAUAGCUAUAGCUAGAGCACUUGUUCGUCAACCAGUUAUUCUACUGUUAGAUGAAGCCACAUCGGCGUUAGAUAUGGAGAGUGAAGCUGUUGUGCAAGAUGCCUUAAAUAAAGCUUCUGCCGGUAGAACGACUAUUGUCAUUGCUCAUAGAUUAUCAACGAUUAAGACAGCUAACAGGAUAUGUGCUUUUGAAGGUGGUAGAAUUGUUGAAGAAGGAACUCAUUCAGAAUUGAUGGAAAUGGAGGAUGGAAUAUAUCACAAAUUAGUAUCAACUCAGCAAAACAAAACAGAUGAACAAGAAGAAGAAACAGUUUCUCUCGAUAGUUACUCUCACGAAAAACGUAGACGAUUUAGCAGCAUAAGUACUAUUAGUGGAGGCAGUACGAGAAUGAAACAUCCAACGUCCCUUCUCUCCUAUGGUAGUGUAACACCAAGCAUGCACGAUGCUCAAAAGUUGGAAACAACGGAUGAAGAGGAGUUAGGAUCACCUUCUCUAGGUAGGAUUUUCAGACUGAAUUCUCCUGAAAUUAAUUGGAUUAUUUUGGGUUGUGUUGGAGCUCUUGGUGUUGGUUCUGUUCAACCUGCGUUCGCUGUGAUAUUCGGAGAUAUUCUUAAAGUACUUACAAAGCCUAAGGAUCAACAAGCUAAAGACAUUGCUUUCUAUUGUGGAAUGUUUGUUGUCAUGGGAGUUGGAUCGGGUAUUAUGAAAUUUUUGCAAGACUCUGCCCUAGGGGUCUCCGGUGGACGCUUAACAAUGAGACUGAGAAAAUUAACUUUCACCGCCUUUAUGAAACAGGAUAUACCCUAUUACGAUAAACCUCAAAAUUCGACUGGAGCAUUGACCACAAGACUUGCAACCGAUGCCUCAGCAGUACAGGGAGCAACUGGAUCUCGUUUAGGUAUAAUAAUUCAAAGUUUUGGCACAUUAGGAAUUGGUAUUAUUCUCGGUUUCGUGUAUAAUUGGAAAUUAACUUUAGUCCUUCUGGCAUUUGUCCCUUUCCUCAUUCUUGGAGGUUCUAUGGAAAUGGUUGUAAUGAUGGGAAUACAAGGAAAAUCUAAUAAAAAUUUAGAAGAAGCCGGCAAAAUAUCAACUCAAUGUAUAGAAAAUAUUCGUACAGUCGCUCAAUUAUGUAAAGAGAAGUACUUUAAGAGGGUUUACUACAAUUUCCUUGGAUUGAAUCACAAGAGCAAAAUGAAAAAAAUCCAUUUAAUUGGCUUAGGUUUUGGUCUUAGUCAAUCAGUUUUCUUCUUCGCCUUUGCUGCUUGUUUUACGUUUGGAGCACAUCUCAUUAAGGUAGACGGAGAAAAUUUUCAGAAUGUAUUCAAAGUAUUCUCUGCUGUUGCUUUCGGUGCUCAAGCUAUUGGUGAAGUUGCGUCAUUUGCUCCGAAUUAUGGAAAAGCUAAAGUGGCUGCUGCUAGGCUAUUUAAGCUAUUUGACAGAGUGCCGGGUAUUGAUAGCUUCUCACCAGAUGGCAUGCGACCUAAGGAAACUAACGGUGUUGUUGAAUUCAAGGCUGUUCGAUUUAAUUAUCCAACAAGACCUGAUUUGCCCGUAUUAAGGGGUUUAAAUAUAAAAGUGGAGACCGGUCAAACUUUAGCUUUGGUCGGCAGUAGUGGAUGCGGUAAAAGUACAACAAUUUCCCUACUCGAAAGAUUCUAUAAUCCACUAUCUGGUUCUGUGACUAUAGACGGUUUAGAAAUCAGUUCGCUUAAUAUCGAAUGGGCCAGACAACAAAUGGGUUUAGUCCAACAAGAGCCAAUACUCUUCGAUUGUACAAUUGGUGAAAAUAUAGCUUAUGGGGAUAAUUCGAGAGUAGUUAGUCAGAAUGAAAUUAUAGAAGCUGCUCAAAAGGCGAAUAUUCACAAUUUCAUAUGUUCUCUACCAAAUGUAUGAUAAAAUUUUCAUUUCUAUAAGAUUUUUCAAAUAUUUCUCAAUGUCCUAAAGGGUUACGAAACACCUGUUGGAGAUAAAGGUACUCAAUUGUCAGGUGGCCAAAAGCAGCGCGUGGCUAUAGCUAGAGCCUUAAUUAGAGAUCCAAAAAUAUUAUUGCUUGACGAAGCAACGUCUGCUCUAGAUACCGAAAGUGAAGCGGUUGUACAAGAAGCGUUAGAUAGAGCUCGAGAAGGUCGAACUUGCAUAACAAUCGCUCAUCGCCUUAGUACCAUAAAGAAUGCUGAUGUAAUUGUUGUUAUAUCUGAAGGAAAAGUUUCAGAAAUCGGAACACAUCAAGAGUUAAUGGAUGCACAAAAAUUUUAUUACAAACUUGUACAAACUCAACAGAGACCUCACUAAGAUGACCUUAAUAUUACAAUUCCCUCCAUUUUUCUCUCAUACUUAUAUAUAUAUAUAUAUACUGCAUUAAACAUAUCAGCAAGAAAGCGAUAAUAUAAAAAUUGACGAAUUAAAAACAUUUCUAUAUACUGUUUAUAUUUUUUUAUAUAUUGGAUAAUAAAACAUUUAUAAAAAAAACAUUAUUCACAUAUAUCUUCCCUUUUCAAUGACGUCAUCGUCACUAAAGUGCGAUCACUUUUUUUUAGGUUGUAUUCAUGAAUUAAACAUAAACUGUCUCUGUGUGUGUGUAUGUAUGUUUUUUGUACUUUUAUUAAGUUUACUUUAGCAUUUAAAUAAGAGAGAUAACAAUAUAGUUUUACUAUCCUUAAAUAUCCCGUUUUUUUUCUAGUAAGUAUUGACUGAUUACGGUGUUUCAAAUGCUUAUACUGUUCUCUUAAAAGUUAUAAAAAGUAAUAAAUUUGUAAAAGUUCUUAAAUGGAAGUUGAACAAAUCGAGGUAUUUGAAAACAAGUGAAGAGUUGAUGAAUGAUAUGUAAAGCAGUAUUUACAUUAUAUAUUACUA